AUGGGCAUGAAACACUCCUCCCGCUGCCUGCUCCUAAGGAGGAAAAUGGCGGAGAACGCGGCCGAGAACACCGAGGCGAGCAGCCCACCCUCGCAGCCCCCGCAGCCCGUCGUCCCAGCCAAGCCCGUGCAGGGUGUCCACCAUGUGUCCACGCAGCCCAGCUGCCCGGGACGGGGCAAGAUGUCCAAGCUGCUGAACCCAGAGGAGAUGACCUCGCGGGACUAUUACUUCGACUCCUACGCCCACUUUGGGAUCCACGAGGAGAUGCUGAAGGACGAGGUGCGGACGCUCACUUACCGGAAUUCCAUGUAUCACAACAAGCACGUGUUCAAGGACAAGGUCGUGCUGGACGUGGGGAGCGGCACUGGAAUCCUCUCCAUGUUUGCUGCCAAAGCGGGGGCCAAGAAGGUGUUCGGGAUUGAAUGCUCCAGUAUUUCCGACUACUCAGAGACGAUCAUUAAGGCCAACCACUUGGACAACAUCAUCACCAUAUUCAAGGGGAAGGUGGAGGAGGUGGAGCUGCCCGUGGAGAAGGUGGACAUCAUCAUCAGCGAGUGGAUGGGCUACUGUCUGUUCUAUGAAUCGAUGCUCAACACUGUCAUCUUUGCCAGGGACAAGUGGCUGAAACCUGGAGGGCUUAUGUUUCCAGACCGGGCAGCAUUGUACGUGGUAGCAAUUGAGGACAGACAAUACAAGGACUUCAAAAUCCACUGGUGGGAGAAUGUCUAUGGCUUUGACAUGACCUGCAUCCGGGACGUUGCCAUGAAGGAGCCCCUGGUGGACAUCGUGGACCCAAAGCAAGUGGUGACCAAUGCCUGUUUAAUAAAGGAGGUGGACAUCUACACGGUGAAGACGGAGGAACUGUCCUUCACAUCUGCCUUCUGCCUGCAGAUACAGCGCAAUGACUACGUCCAUGCCCUGGUCACCUAUUUCAAUAUCGAAUUUACCAAGUGCCACAAAAAAAUGGGGUUUUCCACAGCCCCUGACGCCCCCUACACCCACUGGAAGCAGACUGUCUUCUACUUGGAAGACUACCUCACUGUCCGGAGGGGGGAGGAGAUCUACGGGACCAUAUCCAUGAAGCCAAAUGCCAAAAACGUGCGAGACCUCGAUUUCACAGUAGACUUGGAUUUUAAGGGACAGCUGUGCGAAACAUCUGUAUCUAAUUACUACAAAAUGCGUUAGCACACGUGGGAGGCUGCAGAGAGCGAGCGAGCACGGAAACUCACCUCCAUCUGAGGCGCCGCCACAAGGGACCCUGUUUGCAGGACUACACGCUCCAAACCGGAGUCUGACACUCUGCCCUUGAGAUUGGUGAACUCAGCCGGCCUCCUGAGGGCCCUGCCACUGGACAGAGGGCCUCCAGCUCCUCGGCUCUGCUCUGGGGGCCCUUCUCAGAGGCUCUGUCGUCCCGACAGAGAGCCACGGCCAGCGCGGCAGCCGGGCCCCGAUGGAGGAGUCCACGCGUGUCCCCAUCGUCCUCCUUAACCGUGAC